AUGUCCAUCAAGUUCGGGUCCUUCGACGAGAUAUGCCAGACGGCCGCGCUGGUCAUCUGCCCCAUGGUUGGCUCCAGCGACGGCAUCGAGCCGAAGUGCUACAGCAGGAAUGUUGACAUCGCUGGCACGCUUAUCUUCCAGCCAGCCACGGGCUUCAUCCACAUUGUCGCUAUCAUCAUGACGGCGGUCAUGAUCUUCCACAUCCGCAGCAAGUACACGGCGGUUGGACGCAAGGAAAUCCUGCUGUUCUUCUAUCUUUAUGCCAUUAUUGAGUUGCUUGCGCUGUUUCUCGACUCCGCUAUCAUCCCGACCGCGAAUGUCAGCUAUCCCUGGUUUGCAGCAGCCUAUACCGGCCUCGUAGCUGCCGCAUAUGUCUGUCUCCUCAUAAACGGUUUCGUGGGGUUCCAGUUCGCGGAAGAUGGCACGCCGGUAUCGCUAUGGCUACUCCGGCUUUCAAUACUAGCCGUUUUCGGAGUCUGCUUCUUCAUCGCCAUCGCCACAUUCAAGAACACUGCCGGGCUCAGCUACACGAAGCCCAUCGGCAUCUGGGUGAUCUACUUUAUCUGGCCGCUGUUCUGCGUCGUCGUCUACGUCGUCUCGCAGCUCAUCCUCGUCUUCCGCACGCUCGAGGAGCGGUGGCCUAUCGGCGACAUUGUGUUUGGUGCAGUGUCGUUCACGAUCGCGCAGAUAAUCCUCUUCGCAUUCAGCGCCACGAUAUGCAAUGCGAUCCAGCACUAUCUCGACGGGCUGUUCUUCUUCACGCUCUGCAUGCUCCUUAGUGUUAUGAUGGUGUACAAGUACUGGGACAGCAUCACGCGGGAAGACUUGGAGUUUUCCGUCGGCUCGAAAGCGAUGGUCUGGGAAGUCAAGGACCCAUUGCUUGGCGGUUCUGACAGAGACUACGAGGAUGACAUCGUCAGCAGCUAUCACGGUGGCCACACCGCAAGCCUCGUUGGCGGCGUCAGUGGGAAGCAGAUAUAUAGCGGCGGGAUGGGCCAAGGACGUGGGUAUCCACCAGCUAUGGAGAGGUAUUGA